UCGCCGACCCUCCUCCUGGCCGCCUGGGAUGUUCUGAUCUCUGGACUCUGUCCCCCUAGAAAAAGAAACCUCAGCUUCACUUCUGUGGAGUAUUAAUUUCUCCCCCCAGCCAUCACCUUUCUCUUUUGUAAACCGGUAGCUAAGGGGGGAAAGAAAACAAAGCCGAUUUCUCCUUGGUAACAAGAGAGAUUCCUUUCCCCCCCCACCUCCCCUCUUUUUUCUCUUAAUCUGUCUUUCCUUCCCCCCCCCCUUUGAUUCUGAACAUGAAGCCCUGUUGGAAGCAAAUCCAUUGACCCCCCUUCCCCUUCGCCCGCCCUUGACAUUCAAAUGCCUGAAUGGAGAAAAGAUUGCAACUCACAGGUUUUGGGGGCUUUUUCCCCCCUCCUCUCUCUCCAAAUGAGUAAUCCCUAAAGAAGAUUUUACAGCCCCCAUCCCUCUUUCUCCUCCUCUUCACUCUUCAGUCUCUCUCUCUCUCUCUUUGGUGUGUGUGUAAUUUGCAUCUCUAGCCUAAAAAGGCAGGAAAACCAGGGGAAGGCAUCAAGGCAGGCAGCUGUUUAAAGAAGUGCUGUUGUGUUGUUAGUCAAUUACCUCCGCUGUGGAUCUGCAGGUGACAGGCUGCUGCUGAAACUGACAAGAGAUCUUCUCCCCUCACUGUCCCUGCUGCUUUUAAAAAUCCGGUGUUUUUUAGUAUUCACAUUAUUUUUGCCUUUGGGGUUUUUGUUGUUGUUAAAAAAAACCCUUGUGUGGUUAAUUUUUUUUUUUAUUACAACCUCCUUCACCCUUUUCACCCUUGGUUUUUCUGGUCGCAAUGGAACUGUAACAUAAACCAUGUUUGGACUGAAACCCCCUCUGUAUUACUUACCAGGCAUGAGCCAUGAGCCAAAGUCACCUUCCCUAGGAAUGCUCUCCACAGCGACCCGGAACACAGCCACCGUCAGCCCCCUCACCCCUUCUCCUCUCAAUGGCGCCCUGGUGCCCAAUGGCAGCCCGGCGGGCAACAGCUCCUUGUCCGUCCCGCCCGCGCCCUCUUCCAGCUUCGCCGCCGCCCUGCGCAAACUGGCCAAGCAGGCAGAGGAACCCAGAGGGUCUUCAAUAAGCAGCGAGUCUUCCCCUGUCUCCUCGCCAGCCACCAACCACAGCUCCCCUGCCAGCACGCCCAAGCGAGGACCCAUGGGGCCCAUCAUCGUCCCACCGGGCGGGCACAGCGUGCCUAGCACGCCCCCCGUGGUGACCAUCGCCCCGACGAAAACUGUGAAUGGGGUCUGGAGAAGCGAAGGCAGACAGCAAGAAGCAGGAUCGAGAGGCAGCAGCAGCAGCCGCGAGCGCCUGAUGGCCGAGCCGCCGCUCUCCCAGGAGAAAGCCGGGGGCCCCGCUGUCCCGUCUCACCUCCUUGGGACACCUUACUCCUUCGGGAUCCCCCCCACCGCCGUCGUCCAGGAUUCCCGCUUCCCGCCUUUAAACCUGCAGCGGCCUGUCCACCAUGUGGUGCCUCCCAGCGCGGUCACUGAAGAUUACCUGCGGAGCUUCCGGCCCUACCACACCGCUGAGGAGCUGCGCAUGUCUUCCCUGCCUCCCAUCAGCCUGGAUCCAGCCACUGCCGCUGCUUACUACCACCCUGGCUACCUGGCCCACCACCCCUUCCCUCAUCCAGCCUUCAGGAUGGAUGACUCCUACUGCCUUUCGGCCCUGCGGUCUCCCUUCUACCCAAUCCCCACGCCGGGUUCGCUCCCGCCUCUUCAUCCGUCAGCCAUGCACCUCCAUCUGUCGGGAGUGAGGUACCCCACCGAGCUGCCCCACUCGUCGCUCUCGGCCCUUCAGUCUGAGCGGAUGUCCAGCCUGACCGCUGAGAGGCUGCAGCUGGACGAGGAGCUGAGGCAGCGCGAGAGGGAGCGCGAGAGGGAACGUGAGAAGGAGCGGGAGCGGGAGCGGGAGGCUGAUCGGGAGCGGGAGAAGGAGCGGGAGCGAGAACGGGAGAAGGAGCUUGAGCGAGAGCGCGAGAAGGAGCGGGAGCGGGAGCGGGAGCUGGAGCGACAACGAGAAAGGGCCCGGGAGAAGGAGCUGAACCUGGCCAAAGCCAUGGAGAGCCCGUUUCUGCCGGUGGCGGAGCUACAUGGGCUGAGGAGCCACCCAGCGGAGGAGCGUGUUAAACCAGCUGAGCAGCUGACGCCAACAAGACCAGAGAAACCCAAGGACGCGACCAUCCCGACGCCUAAGGCCGUCCAGCACCCUUUGCACCAGCCGCCCGCCUCCCACCACCCCGUGCCCAGCCUCAUUUCCAACCACAGUGUCUUUCCCCUCGCCGGGAGCAGCGCGGCCACGGCUCUUCUCAUCCAGCGCACCAACGAGGAGGAGAAGUGGCGGGGGGGGCGGCGGGGGGGGAUCAGCACGCAGGUUGCGGGGGCCAUGGGCCAUGACAUGCCCGAGUGGCAACUCCUCCCAGGUCAGGAUUCCGACACCUUGGCAGGGCAGGAAGAAGUGUUGUCCUGGGGCUGUCAGUCUGGCACCAUUCACCAGCAUUUACAUUUAGUCCCAAAUUGUUGCUUCUAUGAUCCCGCUGACACCUCUCACUGGGCCUUUUCUUUCCGCAGAUCGGGACCAAACCGCCACGAGCCAAGCGCCCGAGACCAACCACAGCACUUUGGAGGCCCCCCUCCGCUCAUCUCUCCCAAACCUCAGCAUCAUCCAGUGCCCACCUCGCUUUGGAACCCAGUGUCCUUACUGGAGAACAACAUGGAGCCGCGCAGGAUCCAGGAGAACCAUUCGCUCCACGCCCAGUAUGAGCCCAGCCGACAAGCCAUCCCCUUGGUGAAGGUGGAACGGGUAUUCUGCCCCGAGAAGCUGGAGGAAGGGGCCAGGAAGAGAGAAGCAUUAGACAAGUACCAGCCUGCCAGGGAGUCUGGGGCAUCAGAACAUGGUGGGUUCUCCCAUGGUCCCUUCCUGGCGGAACUGGAAAAGUCAACACAGACCAUCCUCAACCAACAGAGGGCAUCGCUCUCCCAAACAGGGCAGUUUGCUGAGGUCAGUCUGCCCAGCAAGCCUAGCUCACCUUACCGACAUCCGCUGCCCCGGGCCCACGACCCCAUGUACGUUUACGAUGAGUUUCUACAGCAGCACCGUAAACUAGUCAGCAAACUGGACCUGGAGGAGCGGAGACGGAGAGAAGCCAGGGAAAAAGGCUACUACUAUGACCUGGAUGACUCCUAUGACGAGAGUGACGAGGAGGAAGUGAGAGCCCAUCUCCGGUGCGUUGCCGAGCAGCCCCCGCUGAAGCUGGAUACUUCCUCUGAGAAAUUGGAGUUCCUGCAGCUUUUUGGCCUGACCACCCAGCAGCAGAAGGAGGAGCUGCUGACUCAAAAGCGGAGGAAGAGGCGAAGGAUGCUGAGGGAGAGGAGUCCCUCCCCUCCAAUGGUCCAGAACAAACGACGGACGCCGUCCCCACGGCUCCCGCUCUCCACGCGCUACAGCGCCGAUGAGAUGAACAACAGCCCCAACUUUGAGGAGAAGAAAAGGUUCCUGACCAUCUUCAACCUGACGCACAUCAGCGCCGAGAAAAGGAAAGAUAAAGAGAAACUGGUGGAAAUGCUCCAUGCCAUGAAGCAGAAAAGUGCGACAGCAGCAGUGGUGGUGAAAAGCUCCCCACGGGACAGUCCUACUCUCACUGCAGCUGAGCUCCAGGUACAACAACCUCCUGUGGAGUCAGAUAGGCCUGUUGGUAUCACCGCCUCCUCGCCAGACACUCAAAAGACAGCAGAGCCCAGCAGAUUGGAACAGCUGAGACCACAGGAGCCCCAGAGGGCCAAGGAGCCAGCCCCUGUCUCUGCUGAGAAGCCCAGGCUGAAUGAUGGACACACUGGGAAGAAGAGCCUGAGCAUAUUCAAUUACGUCAGGGGCCCUUUGCCUAAGGAUAUCCCAGUGCCACUCUCUCACAGCAUGAAUGGGAAGAAUAAGCCAUGGGAACCCUUCAUAGCUGAAGAAUUUGCACAUCAGUUUCACGAGUCUGUGCUACAGUCCACACAAAAAGCACUGCAGAAGCACAAAGGAAGUGCAACAGCACUUACUGCAGAGCAGAACCACAAAAUCGACACCUCUAUCCAUUACAACAUUCCUGAGCUUCAGACCUCAAGCCGGGUCCAGCUGCCUCAGCAGAAUGGGCAGCAAGACACCCCACUGGCACGAAGGGGGCUCAUCACACCCGAACAGGACAAGGACUCUGACUCAGAGGGGGAGGACGAGGAGGAGGAAGACGAGGAGGAGGAGGAGUACCCCAGACCUAAAUGGCAGGGUAUCGAGGCAAUCUUUGAAGCUUAUCAGGAACAUAUAGAAGAACAAAACCUGGAGCGCCAAGUGUUACAGACACAGUGCCGUCGGCUGGAGGCCCAGCACUACAGUCUCAGUCUGACUGCAGAGCAGCUGUCACACAGCAUGGCGGAACUAAGGAACCAGAAACAGAAGAUUGUCUCGGAAAGGGAGCGACUUCAGGCCGAACUAGAUCACUUGAGAAAGUGCCUUGCAUUGCCUGCAAUGCAGUGGUCUAGGGGUUAUUUCAAGGGAUAUCCCAGGUGACGCUCCCUUGCACUAGGCCGAACAUAUAGUAUAGAAAUAAUAAUCUAUUUUAUUACCUUGAAUAUUUAAUAUUUUUCACUGGGAGGUUUGAAGCUAAAAAAUAAAUGGAGAAUGUGCCAUGCAUGGAGCAAAGGACUAUGGGAUCCGGAAAAAAUACCCACCUCUAUCUUGACUUCAAUGCAACUGAAUCUUUGUAAUUCUGCAAGCAACCCACCCAUGAAGGCUAGAUUUUGUUUAAUUUUAAUGAGGGUUUUUUGCCCCUUCUUCCCUCCACUUUUUAAUUUUUUUUAAAAUCUGAUAAAAAAACUUCAUCAACAACACUAAUAGCAACCUCCCCUUUGGGAGGGUGCUCUCCACACACAAAAUCAUUCUUUUGUUGCCAUAUAAGUCCAACUGCUGUACCAUGGGGUUUGCCUAUUCUUCACUGGGAAGAUGGUCUCUCUCGCAUUAAGAGGAAGCUGGUACACUUUUGAAAGCAAACAAACUGUGUAUCAUCUCAGAUACGAAAAGCUGUAUCUACGCUGGAAGGAGCAAACACAGCUUCAGAACUUGAACCUGUCCCAAAAUCAACAGGCUUUCCACUGGAAUGCACUUCACUAUAAAAAAUAAAGUGAAUAAACAAACCGCAGGUACCUUUUGAUUACUGUUUUGGGAGGGGAAGGGGUAGGGAGCAGAAUUUACAGAAUAAUAACACACACACACACACACAGACACACACACACACUUAGAAUGACACAAAUUACAUACCCUCAUGGGUGAAAUUUUCAUACAAACGCAAAUGAUUUUACAAUUUAAAAAAGGUGCUUCAGCCUUGUACUGUGUAUAUAUUUAAAAAGUUUUGUAUGUUUUUAUUACUUUAAUUAUUGUUAUAAAAAGCUUGCCAUUUUUAAUAUGUUUCUGCUUUUUUUUUUUGGACAAAAUAACUUGCUUUUAGUGUUUGUACUGCUGCUGGUCAGGACAUGAAAAAUUAUUGACGUGUUUUAAAAGAAUUUUUAAAAAAAGCUUUCCACUGGGGCAUGUGCUAUCACUUCUGUUUUUUGCUUUAUAUAGCAUCAGUUACUUGUACAGGCAAUUCUGUUACUAGAAGGCCGGGAAGUAAUUAUUCCUUACCUCCUUGUCCCUGAGCUGCAUUUCUCCUCCCCCCCCCCCCCCCCCCCCCUCUUCAAAAGCACUUCAACAGUUACAUUACAAAUAUGACCAGCUGCUACUAAAUGGGGAAGGGAGGGGAACGUCUGUGUGGGGAACAAAAGUUCAAAACUAAAUGAACUGUUUGGGUCUAUGAUCUAGCGUUACUGCUGUCUUUCAGUGCUAUGAGCAGGACUAAUGUAGAAAAUGUUUUAAAGGGAAGCACUUGUGUUAGCCAUGAGGUGCUACGGAACCACAGGACAGAAAGCAGAGCUGUCUGAGCUGAGCUUCCCCUGGUGUUUAGUCAGGAGAAACACCAACGGGACUAGGAAGGAGGAGGAGGAAGUGGAAGUGCUCCCAGCUUACCCUUUCUUUCUCUGAAUAACACUUCUGUGAACUAGGAGGCCUUCUUUCACAGAGCUGACUUGAAAUUCAGUUUCCAGUUGGGUUAGCCCAAACCUGGAUGAGCUCUAUUUCUUAUAAAGGGUGAAGGGCCAUAGCAGCUUUCUGAGCACCCCCCACGGACUAAUUUUUGUUUUUUAUUAACUUCUUAGAUGCAGAGAAGCAUGGUGGGUAAUAGGUGUCUGCUUGCCUCCUACUUCCUAGCAGCUGACAGUAAAGUGCAUUUCCUCAUAUGCCAUUUGCUCUGUGUGUGUCAGGAAUAUUUCAAUUUAAAUUAGGAGGAAGUGGCACCACAAGGAACAGCACUAAUAGGAUCUUCAUUUUCUAGCUAUGAAACGGGACAGGAAAGGCCAUAGGCUUUUCAUACCCUGUUCCCAUACUCACCUGCUAGGCAUGUUCUGUUGCCAAGGGCAGGGAUCUGGGGACAAUUGAUGAGGCUAAAGUAUCAUAAAUAUCUCUGAUCAAAAAUCUACAUAUUACUCUUCCACCUCUAGAAUUGGAUGUCUCUCUCCUAUUUUGGGUAGGGAGGGGGAGGAGAUAGAGCUACCUGUCCUGUUGUAACAGUGAAGCACCUGGAGUGGAAAAAACUUCUAGUAAUCACAACAUGCUCUAGGCAAGGUUCCUGGUGUUCCUUCUCCCUGUUGUUUAGUCUAUUACUGUUCUUCACAAGAAACAUUCACUCUGACUAAAUCUCAGGCAAGGCCUUAGCCUAUUGCAUUCCUGGAUGGUUUUGCAGCUACCUGUUUUCAGAUGGCAAUGGCAGCUAUUCCAAGCUUUUGUGUAGCUCAUGACUGAGGAGCUAGCCUGAGUGAAACGACAGCAGAAUAGGGAAAAGCAAAAUCCAUGUGCCAUGCUUUAAGUAACAUCAGCCUGUUGUUAGAUGCAGUAGAGAGGUCGUGAUUUCCCUUUAGCCUACAAACAUCCAACUGCAAUCCUGCUAGGUUCCACAUUAGAAUCAGAAAGAUUCCUUCUCCCUACCCCCCCGAAGUACCAAGACAAUCAGAUUAAAUAACUUAUGUUGGAACAGACAAUAAAUAAGAAAAAUUACCAGAAAAGCUGAAACUGAUACUCAUUUUAAGCCAUGCAAUUUUACAUUUUCCCUCUUUCAUGGUCAUAUUUAGGCUAGUACACACAAACCUCCACAAUCUAUCUUGAGCCUGUUCCAUGCUGCAAAUGGAAGAAAGUAAAGCAGUUGCUGACUACUAUUGUUAAUUUAGCUUUACCCAAAAAGCUGAAGUGAUGACCUGUAUGUCUGCUCAUGUGCUCGUCUUCUGAGGAGCUGACACUAUUUCUGUUUUCCAUCUGGGAGACUGAGACGCAGACAAAACUACAUCAAAACAUACAAUAGGAAGAACAAUAAAUAUUUCACCCCAGGGUUGGCUUCAGAGCUGAUUUGUGCCAUUUUGGUUUCAAAGUGUUUACAUGAAGGAACAUCUGUCUUUGACCACAACAGGCCUGCAGUUUUCCUUUCACUCAGAGAGAAGAGAUCCUUUUUAAAGUGCCGUUAUGAGCAGGCAAGUGACUAGAACGCUAUACAGUUUUAAAGAUUUACUCUUAGUUGAUGUUUUUGGUGUCAGUUUUGCCUAUUUUUACAACUCAAAAAUGAGCCCAUUCUUAAUGCCAAGGUAGGUUACUGCCAACCUGAAACUAAAACCACAGCCUUUCUGCUUCAUAUGCUGUCAGCAGCAAUCAAAGAUUCUAGAAACAGAAUUCAUUUGGAAAUGCUGCUCACAAGGUAACUAGAAUUUAGCUUCGGCUAUUGAGUCUUGUAAAUGCUACAUGACAGCAGAAAAAAUGAGAGUGGGUACUAGCAGCUAUGAUGCAAAAUAUACCAAGCAGCACCAAAAUGCCAUUUUUAGAGUCACUUUUCUAAUCAUAAUUGCAUUUUAAAUACUGGGGGCUUGUAAACAAUGAGAUGGGCUCAAUUUAAAGAAAGGAUGUUACCACUGCUUUAUGUUUAAGGGCAGUUAUUGCAUGUGCAAAAAGCGUUUUUAAGCACACCGUCGUCUCGGUUUAAUUUACCAGUUUAAGCAGCAAAAUGCAUUUAGGGUUGAGUUAUUUAAAUCAGAAUGCAUGGUGCGCCUUGGGGCUACAAGCUGCCAAAUCACAAACUUAAUAAUUUUAACUCCAAAAAAUACACUUUAUGCUUAAAUCACUGUUUCCCCUCUCAGUCAGAUUAUCCAUCAACUUCAAUACACCUCAGAGUGGGAGUUCCUAAGAACACCACCAGAUGGCAAUGUUUAGGAGGAGCCUGUUUGAAAAUGUAACUUUACUUAGCAACAAAUCCCUGUACUGGAGAAUGCAGAUUCCAGACUCCUCCCCCCCCCCCUCCCAUUUCCCGCAUACAAAGAGACAGUAGGUAAUCCCCAACUUCUUGACCCAGUGCUCAGAAAUUCUCAGUACUACUCCCUCCCUCUCCCUUCGGGUCAUGUUGACUGGGAGUGUUUAUCUGUAUGUACCCUGUGCAGAAUUGCUAGAGCAGUAAGACCAGAGGAUGGGAAAGAGGGGGGAGGGGGAGGAAGCCCAGGCUUGCUGGGGGCAGUUUAGAUGCUGUGAAAGAAAAAUUAAACCUGUUCUAAGUGUACUUGUUUGAAUUAAUUGUAAUGUAAUAUAUUAUUUGUUGAAUGUAGUAAUUAGGUAUUUAUGAAUAUAUUGCUGUAAUUUCUGACAACAUCCAAAAAAUAAAAUUGU